CGAGAGAUAUGUAGUAGCUGAUGCAGGGCCUUAUUAUAACGUCAAGACAAUGUUUGUGUUACAAAGAUGGACAACGAGUAGAGUACUCAGAUGGACAACAAGUAGAAUACUUGACCAGAUUUUGAAUAGAACAAAAACUUCCCAUGUGCGGUUCUCAAGUCAAAGUUACAGAUGGAGUCUCCUGUCUUCUGUCAGUGUUUGUGACUGUAACUGUACAAAGUAUUUGCCUCAUUCAGUUUCUAACCAGAAACUUCAGAUAUUGAGGCAAUGUGCAAAUUUGGUACCAAGUUAUUGGCAUGGUGUAAGAUCAGAAGAGAAAGUUGAAUAUGCUAAAAAAAUGUAUGAGAAAAUAUUGACUUCUUUACCUGAAAGGACGCUUGUAGUAUACACAGAUGGUUCUGUAUUAGACGCUGAAGAUAGGGUAGGGCCAUGCGGAGUUGGGGUUGUUAUUUAUCGUCAAAGUGACAAUUUUAAAGCAGAAUUGUCAGUUCCUGUGUCCCCCCGAGCCUCAGUGGAUGUAGCUGAAUACACUGCGGUGGAGACAGCUUUGUCUCACAUAAUUUCAAAUAUCAAUCUUCGAGAAGUGGACAAAAUCCAGAUAUUUUGUGAUAACCAAGCUGUGAUUAAAGGAUGCUUUUAUCAAAUAUAUGAUGUGGAACAUCAAGCUGUUGUUAGAAGUAUAAGAAAGAAGUGGGAUGAUAUCGUAUCUGAAGGUAUAAGUGUAGCUAUGGACUGGGUGCCAUCAGAUUCAGGAGUGGAUGGAAAUGACCUCGCUGACAAGCUAGCCUUACAGGCAGCUAAAAAGGCAACCAGUCUUCCACUGGAGUCAACUCUCAUCACAGAAAGAGAUGUGCAGCGAUCCAUGAAACAGUAUACCACUAUAACGGGAUCUAAAGGACGUCGCAGAGAUUACAGUGAAAAUGUGAUGCUUGCCAUCUUGAUGAAAAAUUCUAAAGGCCAGAAAAAGACAGCAGAAGCGAACAAUAGAAGCAACCUAAGUGAAGUGGAGACCGACGUUGAUUUUGUUGAUAUGAAUAAUCGUAGAGUGCUGUUUACGGGAAUGACUCAGGACAAGCUGUAUCAGAUGAUGUCUAAAGCUACAUUGCACGGCUGCUCUGUAGAUAGGAAGUUGUCCAGUGCCACAGACUUUGUUGUUUAUGGAACGUGUGACACAUCACAGAAAGACGAUGUUAAGAAGCUUGCUUAUAAACUAGGUGUACAGUAUGUUAGCAGUGAAGAUUGGGAGAGAGCACUGAGCAAAUGUGUUAAGGUUGGGCUGCCAAUCUUCUCCGAGGAAAGUUAUGACAACAUGAAGCAGCAAAAGAAAAGACAUCGUAAUUCUGACCUUCAAAAUAAAGGCAACAAAAUUGAAAAGAAGGGCAACAAAGCUAUUCAAAAAAGAAAAGAUAGAUAAUUUAUUUCAUUUUUAAGAUGAACUUUCAACACUUGGGCAUAAAGGAACAGUAUUCAAGCCUGUCAAACCCAUCAUAUUGAAUGAACACCUUCAUGUUUGAUGAACCCAUUGUGAUGGAUGGACAGUGACCCAUUGUGAUGGUGGACAGUCUAUGGACCCAUUGUGAUGGAUACAGUCUAUGGACCCAUUGUGAUGGUGGACAGUCUAUGAAACCAUUGUGAUAGACAGUCUAUGGACCAAUUGUGAUGGAUGGACAGUCUAUGGACCCAUUGUGAUGGAUACAGUCUAUGGACCCAUUGUGAUGGAUGGACAGUCUAUGGACCCAUUGUGAUAGACAGUCUAUGGACCAAUUGUGAUGGAUGGACAGUCUAUGGACCCAUUGUGAUGGAUGGACAGUCUAUGGACCCAUUGUGAUGGACACUCUAUGGACCCAUUGUGAUGGAUGGACAGUCUAUGGACCCAUUGUGAUGGACACUCUAUGGACCCAUUGUGAUGGAUGGACAGUCUAUGGACCCAUUGUGAUGGAUGGACAGUCUAUGGACCCAUUGUGAUGGUGGACAGUCUAUGGACCCAUUGUGAUGGUGGAUAGUCUAUGGACUCAUUGUGAUUGAUGUACAAUUUAUGGAUCCGUCAUUUUGAAUGUAAAACUCUUGGAAACAAACAUAUUAUAUUAUUUGAUGAGAGUUUAAUAAUGAUUUACCAUCAAUUUUUGAAAUCCCAUCUGUCACAAUUUUGACUAUGAAGCAAACCAGAAAAUUA